CUAAAGCAGAUUCGAACAGACCUGACGGAGAUGUCAACAAGUCGGCUCCAGUAGAUGUUCUCCAAACGUAGCCUACUGUCAAAAAAGAAGAAAAAUACUUAACUCGGAUUUAUUAUUUUACGUUACGAGCAAAUAGUUUAUUACUUACUAUUUUCCAGCCAUGACCUCAAGCAGCGAGCCUUUGGAAAUAGCUGGCAAUGAGCUGGUCCACAUACUCAGGACGCCCCGGAAUCAGUACUCCUCCGCCGGGUCCGUGGUGCUGGACUGCAGGCCUUUCCUCGACUUUGCUUUCGCGCACAUCGUCGAGUCGCGAAACGUCAACUGGAAUUCGAUGAUGCGUCGCAGAUCCAAGAGCUCGGCGGUGGCUCUCGAGUGGCUCAUCCCGGACAAGGCGCUCCUAGGCCGGCUGCGGCGCGGGGAGCUCUCCCCGGUGGUGGUGGUGGACGAGAGAAGCCGCUCCGUGGCCGAGCUGAGGCCGGAGAGCGUGGGCCAAAUGCUCCUCACCGCCCUGCGCAACGAGGUUCACACGCAGAUCUGCUUCCUUCAAGGUGGAUUUGAUGGAUUUACAGAGGCCUAUCCAGAGCUCUGUUACAGCUCCGCCAGCAAUCGCCUCCCUGCAGUGGAACCAGAACCGGCAGUGACGGGUCGGACGACACCAGCAUAUGAUCAGGGUGGUCCCGUGGAGCUGCUGCCAUUCCUGUAUUUGGGCAGUGCCGUCCAUUCCUCCCGCAGAGAGACCCUGGCUGCAGCGGGCAUCACCGCCGUGCUCAACGUCUCCUCCACGUGCCAGAACUUCUACGAGGGGGACUUUGAGUACCUGCGGCUCACGGUGGAGGACAACUUAGCCGCCGACAUCAGAGCCUGCUUCUCCACGGCCAUCGCCUUCAUCGACUCGGUGAAGCAGAGCGGCGGUCGCGUGCUGGUGCAUUGCCAGGCAGGUAUCUCCCGCUCCGCCACCAUCUGCCUGGCCUACCUCAUGCACACGCAGCGCGUCAAGCUGGACGAGGCCUUCGACUUUGUGAAGCGCCGGCGGCAGGUCAUCUCCCCCAACCUGGGCUUCAUGGGGCAGCUGCUGCAGUUCGAGACCGACGUCCUCUGCCAGGGGUGAAAGGCUCCGGUGGACUCCUCCUCCUGUGUCCUGGAGCACUAAAAGGACAACGGGCCCCAUAAAAUGUAUUAUUUAUAACAUUUAGGGGGGAAAAGUGCUUGUGUUGCUGGCAUCACAUGACCGGUGGAUGUGUUAGAGACUGACCAACAGUUGUGUGGUGCACAAUUGUGUGAAUGAGCCAUUAAGUUGGAGCAACUACGGGCUGCUUAAACUGACAUUUUAUAUAUCAAGGAGGGGAAAGAAGCCCAUGCGUUCUUGUGUGUUUAUGUCUGUGUGCUACUUUGAUUGACUUAAGUGCCUACUCUUUAGCAAGGCCUGCCCUUAUCCGAAACCACUGUGACAUAUGACCCGUCUUUUCACAAGACAACACUGUGUCAACUUCUCCGGGCAAUACUGGACGAGUCUCAAGCUCUAACUUCUGUCGUAUUGUUAUUCUGAGAUACAUUACUCUCGUCACACUCCAACGGGAGGUUUUUUAUUCUGUAAAUAGGUUUGUUUUUAAUUUAUUAACUCAACAUUGGCUAUGACAUGGUAGGCAUUAUUGCUAUGUGUUACUGCACUUUAAGGUUUGGCCGAUUUCCUGCCGUUUCUCUUUUUUUUCACUACGGAAAAAUAAAAACCUGUCAGUUUAUAAUGUGAUUUUUUUUUAUA